GGUUGCCGACUACUUUCCCCGCCUCCUAGAUUGGACAAGGCUGGCGCUUAUUCGCAUUCAUCCCUACACUCUAGACCAUUGGGGGCCAAAUGGCUGCUAUGUACAGCCCAUUUGAUGGGAGCCAACAUUGGCAAGGUUGAAUCUACUCUACACAAAGGUCUCCGGGGUUUAGCUUCAGCUUCGAAACCCUCCAGUACGACUUACUAUGUCCGGAUCACCGUCGCUGUUCCUCCUCUUAGUUGAGGCCGCCGAACCCCUGGGCCAUAUGAUAUGAGGUGGUCAGGGGACAUGAUUUUGUCAGAAACCUCCAUGCCUGGCCCAUUUGUUGCUCGUCAUUUCAGCAUAUUAUGAGAGUAACAAGUUCAUACAUCUCAUCCUUAAAGUACACAUGGACACGCCGCCUUGGCGCACAAACAGGACGCGCAGCGUUGAGCCUGAUUAUCAACAGAGCCGGGACGCUGAGGAAGAUUUUGUGACUAGCGAUUACGUCUCGACAGCCGACACUUCCACAAUCGGCUCCGAUACUCUCGAUUCCACGGGCCAUCCCGUUCACACAAUGUCAACCUGGCUGGACGAACAGGCGAGAGGAAAUUAUGGGCCUGACUACCCUCUUCCCCGGAGGCGUCUUCGACCUAUACAGCCCACUUCUCAGUUUCCCCAACCAAGGUGGCCAUGGGACCAAGAUUAUCCCUUUGCCACGCAAUAUGAAAACCCAUUGGUACCAGUUCGAUAUGCACCAUAUCACCCAUUUGGCCAGCAAGCUCAAAAUAGCCGUGAGGCCUACUAUGGAGCCUCGCUGCCUCCACCACCUCCAACAUUUCCACUGAUUCCCACUACAACUCCAUACUACCCAGUUGGCCAGCAAGUUCAAAAUAGCCAUGAGGCCUAUGAUAUGCCACGGCCUCACCAACACAGCCUGCCCUCCCCGCCUCCUCCGCCGCCAAAACUUCCACCAAUUCCCACUACGACUUCAGUGCUCCCCCCGGACAAGAUGUCGACGAACAAAUUGGUUUAUAUAACCACGGACGCGGCCAAAGCCCUGGUUCCUGCUUCAGUGCAGCCAACGACCAUAUCAGAUCCUAGUAAAGCACCCGCUAUCACGGAUGACAAGCUCAAAGCCAAACAGCUUAAGGCUGUCGAUGCAGUUCACGAUCCAUCGGUUUCAACAAAAGACAUUUGCGUGCAACUCGAGAUACCUAUUGAGGAUGAUCCGAGAACCGACCUUGAGGCUUUUAGCCGGUUCAAGCGCUUGGGUCGGUUUAGUGACGCGAAGGAGUUCUUUGAAACACAACUUGAGCAUUUCCGGACGACUCCGUAUGUUUUCGUGCAAUAUGCCGACAUGCUCUUCGCUGCUGGUGAUUUUAAGGGAUUUCGUCAACUUGUCUAUCCGGACGACUUCUUCCACACAGGUCCUGCAUUGCCAAACAACGAGCUUGCAGCUAGCUUCGAGUUGAUGAAGUUCCUGGCUCAGCCACUCUUCGUUGAUUACCCUGCAGCUAUAAUGCAAGUCGUUCGGACUAUCUUUACGUUCUUGAAAACAGAGACCAUUUGGGGCUCGACGGAGAUCCAGUUGUACACUCUUUGUCUUCAAGUGAUAAAGCUUAUCCAGAAUUCUUCUGAUCAAGCUAUUUGCCCCGAAAAUGAUGAAUGUCAUGAUGCGACAGACAUCAUCAAUUGGAGUGAGAUGUAUAGCCGGCUUCUGGGUGAGCACCGAAUCUGGGACUUCAGAGAUCUGUUUGUCACGGCCAUUUCCGUAUAUGGAUGGCAAAGAACGGCGUCACUCAUGUUCGGCCCGAGACACCUUCUCGAUAUCCUCGAGGGAAUGAAUCAAGAUUGGCGUCAGUCCCAAGAUGACGAGUCCAUGGUUCUUGGUCUCCUAGACCUUUUUACCUCCCUGAUAUUACAGAAUCGUACCACCGAAAAACGACAAAUCACAGAACUGCUUUGCAUAUACUCUCGGUCACUCGCGGAAAAGAUACAAACGAUCAGCCUCGAACAUAUGAAAACCCGACCUUUCAUUCAGUGGAUACUAGCAAAAACUCUGGCCGGGAUGGGUACAAUACCGCAACCCUCUGAUGGAAUAACACUGGAGGAUUUUCCGGGACUCUUAAUCGAUCAUGGAGACAACGGUGUACAACUACCCAUCUUCGUGCCUGUUCGGCAUUCGGAGAAGCCAGAUUGGGAUAUGUUUCACGCCCAGGCCAAUUCCGCUCAAAUUCGUUCGAUUGAGAUUGCCAUUCAGGCGGCCGUCGAAAUCGGCGAUUACAGUCUCCAGUCACUUGGCCUAAAGAUUCUUGCCCUGCAUUCAAAGUAUCCAGGCAGCGUGCUGGAAGCUCUUGCGAGUGUACAGCUUAGUAAGCUGGGCGAUAGAGAAGGAUUUCUUCAGACCUGUCUAUCAAAGUAUCUCACCUUGCGAUGUCGAGAGGACGAAGAAAACCUGCUCAAGAGUUUUAAGAACGUUGAGACUAGCUCCAAAGGGUCACAAAACAAGUCCUUCAUCAAUGCUACAUUUCUAUGGGCCAGAGACGUGAUCCGUGGACACCUCGAAGCCCAGACCUCGGGUGAACUUGAGAAGUCAGCGGUCUGGUGGCUUGAUCUUGAUGGUUAUGGCGCGAAACUUCCGCGAUAUGUGGUGGAUUUUGUGAGCCAAAACCUGGGUUCCACGUUGAGCUCGUCAAAGCGAUCGAUAUCGGCCAUGUACUCGGGUAGGAUGGCCGCCCAAAAUGAGCAGGCUUUGGAAAAGAAACAUGUGUCAGACCCAGGGAAUCGGGAUCACCAACAAAAACAGACGAAUUUUGAGGGUCCAAUACCAACAUCAGGGGAUUCUAACCCCAAUCACCCAAGCCCUUUCGAGUUUUUGGAGUCCGAUAGCGCGCUGGCUUCGCUUUUAUAUCUCCCGAAGGCCCCGGUUUAUGAUAUGAACACAUCUAUGGAUCCACAUGGUUGUGCUGAGGGUCAACCGGAUAAAGAAAUUCAUUCUGGAGAUGGGACAAGGCCAUUUAUUGAAAGAUUCGACAGUGUCCCUACGGAUGGCCCGCAUGCCCAGCGACUAAAGCGCGGCUCUACAAAAAAUACUACGGCAGUUGAAGACACCCCAGAUCAGAUAGCGAACGAUUCUGACAGUUCGCAAAGCGAUGACGGCAGUGAACUGUCCACAUCUGUCCGUAUAAAUAAGGGACUGCCGAAUCUGGAAUUUCCGCCCUCGCUAUUAGACAGCAAUACACUGACCGUAACAGUCACGAGCAAAACCGACCCUACUAGAUCAACCACCUACGUGGUGGACAAGAACGGGGCUGCCAAAGGCACCAUGAACGCCAGCAAAGAGCCUUCGACUAAAGCUCAUGAUACUCAGCCCGAGUCUCCAAAGGUUGAACCCGAGGGUCCAAAACGAACAACUCAGGGUCCAGGGCAACCAGCUGGUGAUGCUGGUGUGACUCCGAGGAAAAUUCCAAACCCCGUUAGGGUUAAAGAUACCUCUAGGCGUCUUGCUCAAGACAAGCUGCAGAAUUGGGAACAUCACAAGGAGCCGUCCUCACUGCACUACAUCGAAGAGCUCGAAGCCCAGGCCAGCCAUUUGCGCCAUGCGCAAGCAUCACACAGACAACAUCAAAGAGACGAGGAUCUGGCGCUCCAACUUAAGAUUAAACAAAUCGAGGAUGAAGCCACUCAGUUGCGCAAUAACCAAAUGGCAUUCAGUCACAACGACCGUACGGGUUACAUGCCCGGAAGCCCUGUGCCUCUUAGGCCCAUCACCAGGACACUAAGUGAUCGUUUUCAGCUAAACCAGGGCAUCGGGCGCAUAAGUAGUUGGCCGAAGAGUAUGCCACCGACGGCGGAGUACGAUAGUCAAUGGCCUCACAAGAGGACGACGCGGGACUCAUCCAAGACACGAGCAGCGAGGAGAGCCGGGAUUUCCAAAGAGGUGCUCGACCAGCUGAACGAAGGAUCGGUCAGUAAAAACAGAAGAAGCGGGAGUGUCACGGCGUACAAUGACCCCAACUCAGCAGAACAUAGCGUGGUCGACGGCUACAACUUGAACUUGGAAAAUUUGGAAUCUCUCUAUGAUGAAGAGGAGCAAGAAGGUGAGCCUGUCUUGCCGGAAGAGAUCUUUGAUCGGAUGAAGGGCGUGCCAGAGCCUCCGACACAACGCAAGGUGCAGAUAAAAGAAGGGCAGCAUGAACGUACCACUGCCGCCGCCACCGCCGAAGCGGACAGCAAGGGGCAGGCGACAGUGAAGGAGCAUUUUAAAACCCCGACGUCAACGAAACCCAAGGGCAAGGAGAAGAUGACCAGCCAAGUAAGAGGAUCUUCGGAGCCAGGAGCGAGGAGGAGGCCUAUGAGGGUGCAGAUCCAGACAGAGGAAGAAGAGGAGAAGAGAGAGCUAGCGGAGUUCAAGAGCGAAUUUGCUGAGGAUCGAGGGAAUAAGAGUUCCAUUGCUGACCAGCGGCCGUGGGGAUUAGGGAUAAUUUCAUGAGCAGCGCUGAAGAACGGCAAGAUACCCAUACACUGGACAGUGUCUAGUGACUUUUGCGACACGAGUUGGACUACGGAAAU